AUGCCUGAUGACCAUUAUGUCGACUACUCGCAGCUAUUGUCGCAGCUGUUGAAUGAUCAGUUCGAGCUUAAUGAUACCGUCAUAUCGUUUCUAUACCAUCUUUUCCCUGGAGAGCUUUUCGUAAAGGCCAUGUCUCUGCUGGACUCGAAUGAUAUGUUCAUCUACGUGUUUGACAAGGCGCACGCGCAGUGCGAGCAUAGCGAAAGUACGGAGACUGAACCUGAUGGCUCUGGAAAGGAAGCUAGAGAGCCGCAGGACGCUGAAGCUGAUGCUGAUGCUAAUAAUUUUACAAAUAGUUUUUCGAGCUCUCAUACAGACAACACUGAUUUGGUAAGUUUACUCUACAAGGCUCCUGAAACCGUGCUUUACAGACUUGUGGUAAAGCCCGAAACUGCUCAAGGCCCACCGAUCUGUGUAGACUUAGAUCACUGGUUUUGUUCCUGCGAAGAGUACGGUUCGCAGUUCCAACAGAAUUUUAUUCGCGACACUUCAGAAAACCGGGAGCCUUCAAUAUAUUCUCGCGCCGUCACUGAAUUAAACGCUUCAGCUUCAUCAAACUCUGACAGGUUUGCUCAAUUGCCCUUGCAGCACAACGUGCAGCGCUAUUUCCGUCACGAACUCGUGCUGUGUCCACACUUACUGGCUUUCGCGAUCUUAUUGCAGACAUCAUCUCAAGUCCUAACGUAUUUUACGCAGAAGAACGCUACUGUGUACUUGAUAACAGUCCAGCAUCUCGAUGAAUGGCUCAAAUUGCACUUGAACAUGAUACAGUAG